ACACACGCAGGAUUCAAGGAAUAGUCAGUUUUCGGGAUAUCCCUUCGAGGACAAGAUUGCGUCGACGUUGCGCGUUUGUUUUUUGUGUAUUUUGUUUUUGUGUUGAUAUUUAAAAAUACGUUUGGAAAUUUAAAAGAUAUGGCACUUUCUCGAAAGAAAAUGCGUAGUUGAUUGAAAUUUGAAAGUUUUGGACCAUGCCUCGUUGAACAGAUCAGCAUGGCAGGCCUGCCACUACUCCUGGGGUUGCUGGCCUGCAUUCGUUUAACUAUCAGUCAAUCACCGACACUCGUUUUUACAGAACUUUGUUAUUAUCCUCUAAAUUUAGAUACGAUCCAACAGAAACUGAAGGAACUGAACGUUUCAGUAGCAAUCAUGAAUAAAGAAGAUAUCUGUGAUAAAGAUCGACUCGUGCGACAUCUUUCGACGAAUUAUACAUUUGUUAUCGGUACUUUCAACGCGGAAACGUGCGCGGCUGUUUAUUUUCUUCGUAUGUAUCAAAAUAAGUCUUUGGUGGCAUGGAAUUGUCCAGAGAUUUCUAUGGAAAUCAAUAACGAACGAAGCGGAUUGAAAGUGAGCCCUUCGAUUUCCAUAAUAAGCCGUGGAUUCGCCAAAAUAGUGAAAACUAUUAAAUGGAAAUCAGUCGCAAUUAUUUCAAGUAAUAAAGGAUGGUGGCCUUCACUUUCUCAAUCUAUCGAUGUACAAUGUAGAGAAUUAGGGAUCAUACCGAGACAUUUUUUCAAUCUGGACGGAUCUUGUACAAGAAAAAACCUUCGAAAACAGUUGAACGUGCUGAAGAAAAACCCCUGUCGAGCCGUUAUAGUCUGUUUGCCAGCGACGAAUUUCGGUAAAAUGGUCGUGAACAUCCUCGAAAACCUUCAACUGCACACCCACAACACCAUAUCCGUCUUCAUAGACGUAUCCAACGUACCAGACUGGCUGCAAUAUUUCCGAAACUACCCCCACAAUAACACCACCGAACAAAUCAACGUUUCCACCAAAAGUAACUCGCUAAUUUUCAUAGAAAAAUACAGGGUGUACUUCGAAAAUAACACCGAGGAAACGAUCUACAACAACUUACCGGACGGCAUAGAACGUUAUUUGACGUCGCGUGUGAGAUCCGCUUUAUUUUCGAUUGAGGAUUCGAUAGAAUUCGUUUUGGGGGAUUUCGCGAACGACGAUUCCCUCAGACCGCUUAUGGAAAUAACCCCUAACGACACCGUGGAGACGUUCGAUGUCAAUUUGGAGGAAUGGUCGGUGAAACACAUCCAAAUAGACGAAUGCGACGAUUGCAGAUCGGGUUUCGAUAAAAUUAUUAGCGUUAUGGUGAUACUGGGCUGUUCGUGUUUACUUGUUUCCUUGAUAACAGGUUUAGUUAUACUUUUGAGGAAUCAAUUGUUGAAGAAGAGGGUGUCUAAAGGUCCUUACAAGGUGAUACUGACGGCCAACGAUUUCGUUUUCCCGCAAAUCACGGAUAGCCGAAGGGUAGACGAGGGUAUCGAAGCCAUGUUGUGUUGUUGGUUGCAGCAACUACAAGAAUUCGGGGGUCCAGAAGUCGAAAAACCCGAUUUACUGCAAGGAUCCGGGGGUACGUCCGUAAGGACACCCGCCAGGACAAGUUCGAGUCCUAAUUUAGCCAAACAACUUAUCGUCGAUCCUAGAGUUCGAUAUAACGGGGAUCUCGUUCAAAUGAAACCGCUUCCUUCGAUGGGGGGCGGGAACGAAUUGAAGGCGAAAUCGGUGGAACUGCUCGUCCUGCUUCACGGUUUACGACACGAGAAUCUCAAUCCUUUCAUAGGAUGUCUCGCCGAGCCGCCGAGGGCGGCGCUGGUAUCGGAAUAUUGCGCUAGGGGCUCUUUACAGGACGUCUUGCAGCAGGACGACAUCAAAUUGGAUUGGUCGUUUCGACUUAGUUUAUUAACGGAUCUCGUUAGGGGAAUGAAAUAUUUACAUUCCACUCCUAUAAAAGUACACGGAUAUUUGACUUCGAGAAAUUGCGUCAUAGACGCCAGAUGGGUUCUCAAAAUCGCCGAUUACGGCUUACCAGCUUUCUACGAAGCGCAGGGUAUACCGCCUCCAAAUAAAACCGCAAGAGAGCUACUAUGGACAGCUCCCGAACUCCUACGACAUAGUAGCUUGAGGAAGAAAGGUACCCAAGCCGGUGACGUAUUUUCCUUCGGGAUAAUCUUACAGGAAGUAGUGGUAAGAGGGGAACCGUUUUGUAUGCUAGCCCUUACCCCAGAAGAAAUUAUAGAGAAGAUUAAACGACCCCCUCCCCUGAUCCGACCUUCCGUGAGCAAAGGCGCCGCCCCACCGGAAGCCAUAAAUAUAAUGAGACAAUGUUGGGCUGAGCAAGCGGAAAUGCGUCCCGAUUUCAAUACGGUUCACGAUCAAUUCAAAAAAUUAAAUCACGGCAAAAAGGUCAAUAUCGUCGAUACAAUGUUUCAAAUGUUGGAAAAAUAUUCGAAUAAUUUGGAAGAGUUGAUCAGAGAGAGGACGGAACAGCUGGACAUCGAAAAGAAGAAAACGGAACAAUUAUUGAACAGGAUGUUGCCUAGUUACGUAGCCGAUAAAUUGAAACUGGGAAUGCCCGUCGAUCCCGAAGAAUUCGAAGAAGUGACCAUUUACUUUUCGGAUAUCGUCGGUUUUACGACCAUUUCCGCCCAUUCCACCCCAUUCCAAGUCGUGGACUUAUUGAACGACCUGUAUACAUGCUUCGAUGCCACAAUCAAUGCUUACAAUGUUUACAAAGUCGAGACGAUCGGCGAUGCUUAUAUGGUAGUGGGGGGAUUGCCUGUAAGGAUUCCCGAUCACGCGGAACAGAUAGCGACGAUGGCGCUGGAUCUGUUACAUCAAAGCGGAAGAUUUUGUAUCAGGCAUUUACCCAGAACACCCUUAAGACUGAGAAUCGGACUGCAUUCGGGACCUUGUUGCGCUGGAGUGGUCGGUCUGACGAUGCCUAGGUACUGCCUUUUCGGAGAUACCGUAAAUACCGCCUCUCGAAUGGAAUCAACAGGCUCGGCUUGGAGGAUACACAUGUCGGAAGCGACGAAAAUCCGCUUAGAAAAAGCCGGAGGAUACCAGAUCGAAUCGAGAGGACCGACGGAAAUAAAAGGAAAAGGAACAAUGGAUACUUAUUGGUUAUUAGGAAAAUCCGGAUUCGAUAAACCGCUUCCGGAUCCUCCGUCAAUCGAGGAAUCCCAUGGGUUGGACGAAAGCCUCAUAAUCAGCUCGUCUUUGAGCCAAUACGAAGAUUUAUGUGAUACUCUAUCGAAUGGAUCGAAACAUCACGAUCAUUACAACAAAUCACCAAAUUUGAAUCCCUCCUUUAUGAGGACCAUGGAGCUUUCCAAGUUCUCCAGUUUGGUAAAAACUGUCGACGAUAUCGGGCAAAGGUGUGAAAUGGUGAAAAGCACGUCGAGCGAUGUGCCAAUCGUACUUGGUACUCCGGUAUCGGCUUCCGAAGUGGCGGCUGCGCUUCUCGGUGCUUCGACUACGUCCCUGUAUACGAGGAAACCGAAAAUUAUCGAGGAGGACGAUCUGAGUAAACCUUAUAAUCAAUAUAAGUGUUUGAGUCCGAAACAUAGGGUGGGGAAAUUAUUGAGGAGGCAGUUUAGUUUGGAUAGGGCCGAGGACGUUAUUAGGAGCGAAGAUAAUUUGAUGAUAAUUCCGAAAUUGUGCAAGCAAAAUUCCGCCGGCGCCGCAGAUUUAGAAAAAAUCGAAGAAAUUCCAUUACGAAAUCCGGCAACAGCGACGUCGCCCGGAAAUCUCUCCCCCAUUCAAUGUACUCUAUCGAUAUCAGCUGAUUCCCUGAUACACUGACUUCCAUUUCACAUUUUAUAGUUUUCCACAGGGUAUUUGAUUUUAUUUUUCAUUUAUUUCGGACAUUAAGAAUCACCGUAACGAUCUUACACGAACUCGGCGUUCGUCUAUUCGUGAAAAGCACAAAUUUAGUCAUUUUAGGAAAUAAAAAAUAAGCAAUUAUAAUAAUGAAUGUGUCCUUCAAAAAAUAA